AUGUUGGACCCAGUAACACGACGUAUAACUAUAACAAUGCCAUUACCAAACCCUCCUUGUAUCUCACAAGGAGGGUUUGGUUAUGGCACACUUAACAAAGGCGGUGAACAAAUACUGGAAUUAUGCACGAGACAUCACCUAGCAAUAGUUAAUACCUUCUUUAAUAAAGAACCGGAACACUUAAUCACGUAUAAAAGCGGAAACAAACAAUCUCAAAUUGACUAUAUCCUCACAAAUCUGAGCAAGCUGAAUAAUAACAAAGAUCCUUCUUGGUGGGAUGAAGAAGUAAAGGCCGCGUUAAGAAACAAGAAAUUGUGCUUCACUACGGUAGCAGAGCUCAGGUUUGGACGACAACCGCAUACGAUACAAAACCGCUAA